GAACUAAUACACGGUGGUGGCAGCAGACAGGUGGGCAGGCAGAGGGGAAAAGCUUUGGAAAUGUCUGACUGAGAGACAAGGUGUGGGUUUCUUCACAAAGGCACGCAAAGCUCAAACUUUACGUUCGUUUGGUUUUUUUUUUUUAUUCCUGUAACAGAGGUGGAAUCACUGGACGGACACUCUCACUCAUGAUUCACCGCUGAAUGGAACAGUUUCAUCCUUUCUGCGUCGACACCUGCACUGAAAGUACUGAAAGAGUCCUUUCGAGACCUACUCUGCUCUUAAAUAUGAUGAGUUUUUGUUUUGGUCGUCUAUAAAAAACAACAAUAAAAAAAACACACGUCUCUAUCUGUUGGAGGAAUUCCGGCCUGUCAGCUAUUUUGGUUCCUGUCUUGCUUUCACUAUUUUGUGAAAGGAGAUGUAAAAAGGAAGGAAGGGGAGAGCGAGUGAGAGAGAACGACACAGAGAGGAGGGGAGACAGACGUAUACAGUCCGAGCGUCGCGGCGAGUGUCAGUUGUUUUCAGAAGCAGCUGAGAAGAAAGAAGCGAAGAUACAACAUGGUUCGGUGGUUUCACAGAGACAUCACAGGCCUGCAGGCCGAGGACAUGCUGAAGACUCGAGGCAUCCAUGGCAGCUUUUUGGCUCGACCCAGCAAGAAAAACGUGGGAGAUUUCUCCCUCUCUGUCAGAGUGGGCGAGAUGGUGACCCACAUCCGCAUCCAAAACACGGGAGACUUCUAUGACUUGUACGGCGGGGAGAAGUUUGCCACCCUGUCAGAGCUGGUGGAGUACUACACGGCUGAGAACGGCAUCCUGCAGGACAAGGACGGCACCGUCAUUGAGCUCAGAUACCCUCUCAACUGCUCCGACCCCACCACAGAGAGGUGGUACCAUGGUCACCUGAGUGGGCCGAAUGCAGAGAAGCUGCUGGGUGCACGGGACGAGUCGGGGACCUUCCUGGUCAGAGAGUCACUUUCCAAGCCCGGAGACUUUGUCCUUUCAGUUCUGACAGACGAGAAGAGCAAAACGGGAGGAAAGAGGGUCUCCCACAUCAAGAUAAUGUGUCAGAAUGACAGGUACACAGUUGGAGGUUCAGAGCUGUUCGACACGCUGACAGACCUGGUGGAGUACUACAAACGCAAAGGCAUCGAGGAGAUCUCUGGGAACUGGGUGCAUCUCAAACAGCCGUAUUACUCCACCAGAGUGAACGCAGCAGACAUCGACAGCAGAGUGAAACAGCUGGAUCAGACCGCACAGCAGCAGCAGGAGGGCGAGGGAGAGAAGAGCAAGGCGGGCUUCUGGGAGGAGUUUGACGCUCUUCAAAAGUUUGAGGCAAAGGUGAAGAAGAGCCGAGAGGAGGGUCAGAGGCCUGAAAAUAAGAGCAAAAACAGAUACAAGAAUAUUCUUCCCUUCAAUGACACCAGGGUCAUCCUGCAGGACACUGAUCCUGAUGUUGUGGGUUCAGAUUACAUCAACGCCAACUACGUGAGAAACAACCUGUUUGAGGCCGGAGAGCAGAAGGUUUACAUCGCCACCCAGGGGUGCCUAGCAACAACUGUCAACGACUUCUGGCAGAUGGUAUGGCAGGAGAAUACGAGGGUGAUCGUCAUGACAACGAGAGAGGUCGAGAAAGGGCGGAAUAAAUGUGUGCCAUACUGGCCCGACAGUGAGAGCACCAAGGAGGUGGGUGCGUACAUAGUGUCCGCUGUUUCAGAGAGGGAAGCUGCUGAUUACAAAAUCCGAGUUUUGGAGAUUGCUCCUAUGGACCAGCCAAAGCAGUCUCGCACCAUCUGGCACUACCAGUACAUGAGCUGGCCUGACCACGGCGUCCCUCAGGAGCCAGGUGCUGUCCUCAGCUUCCUCAGUCAAGUGAACUCUAAACAGGAGGAAUUCCCGGAUGCUGGACCCAUGAUCAUCCACUGCAGCGCUGGAAUCGGACGAACAGGCACGAUUGUGGUGAUCGACAUGAUCAUCCAGACCAUUGACACUAUCGGUCUGGACUGUGAUCUCGACAUCCCGAAAUACAUCCAGAUGGUCCGAGAGCAGCGCUCUGGCAUGGUGCAGACGGAGGCCCAGUACAAGUUCAUCUACCUAGCUGUGUCCGAGUACAUACAGACCACUAAGGCCAAAACCUGUGCCUACAUGGAAACUGAGACAGAGUAUGGAAAUCUGCAACUCAAACACCAACCAGCGAGCAGGAAGGUCUCAAAAAACAAGGAGGACGUUUACGAGAAUCUGUCAAAAGGGAAGAGGGAUGGAAAGAAGUCAAAGACAGACAAGAAAAGUGGCUCUGUGAAGAAAAGAUAGAAAGUUUUAUCAAAGUAUGUCAUGUUGUUAUAUUUAUGCAGGCUCUCUUCUCUUAAAUAAUUUGUAUUUUAGUGGAGAUAAUAAAAUUAAGGUUUGACAGUUAAGUUGUUGACAUGAGAUGUGUCACAUGAGUGCUUGAGAAUAAAGCCAGAACAUGUGUGAACA